CUCGGCUUCGAACGGGAGAGCGACCAAACCGUCAACGACUCGUGCUUCCCGAGCCUUAGUAGUAGUAUCCGGCCAGCGGGGAUCUUCACUAGGUAGCGGUUCACAACUACGAACACAACAGCCUGGAAGUAUGUCUUCCAUGUCUCAACCAACCAGGCCUUGCAUGUAUCCUCAAACUUCCUGAUGAGGUACUGGCUGAAGUCAUAAAGAUCAAUGGCGACACCCCCUACCCGAUUAGAUGAACUACGUCGCCUGAACUUCGACAGCCUCUGUGCUACUCGUCGGGCCCUGAGGCCUCUGGCGUUCGUUUGCCGCCGGUUGCACGUUCUUUCCAUGCCGUUCCUGCACUCUACUGUUGUCCUCAAAAACAUAGUCAGAACUGCCGAUACAGCAAUCAGCAGUGUGAAAGAAGUGCGUGAUUUGACCGAUAUGCCUGGCGAACCACUGGAUCGGCUCCACCGCAGAUUCCAGCGCAACCCAAGCCUCGGACUCUUUUGUAGAGACUUGGUGCUCGACAUGCAGACUUCCUGGUCUAUGGAUACUUUCAGCUACCUCCGAGAGCCAGCGGCGGAAAUGAUGACUGUGCUUGCAAGACAAGCCAACUUGAAGAGCGUGACGAUUCUGGGUCACUUCGGAGUCCUCCACACAAGUUCCUACUGGGAUCGCCUGGCAGCCGCUUGUACGGAUAUGACCCGUUUGCAAGAGGUCCAUGUGAUUGGGGAUUCGCGGACUCUUUGUGUGCAGUUUGCGCUCGAGAUCAUAGGGAACAGAGUCAUGAGAAAAACCAAGAGGCUGACGCUGUGUUCGCUCUUUCCCGAGUUUGCCCCAAGGUAACGAGAGG